AUGACCAACGCGACACAGACCUCGCCAAUGACCAUCUCGUACCCCAUCCUCGUACAGAGGCCCCCACUCGUCUCUUCUCCCUCGCCCUCUCCCCGGCCCCGCUUUGCGCGCCUCUCCACGCGUGAGCGUGCCCGGCUCGUUCGCUCCUCGCGCAAAGUUCAGGCGGUCCUCGGCGAGACGCCGCAGCUCCAGCUCAACCCUUCCACCUCCCGACGCUAUUCAUAUCCAUCACCUGCCUCGCGAGCCCGUUCAGCUUCCGUCGCCCAGCGCGUCAACCGCCGGCCCAUCCUUCUCGCCCGCAUUCCAGACUCAUCCCAGACCCGCCCCAGCCCGGCGCUGGACACCAUCAGCUGCAGCCCCGUCUCGCCCGCCAGCGGCGCCGACUCCGACCCAUCCACACCCGUCCUCUCCCCGCAGCCGCUCGAUACACACCUCUCGCACACGCGCACCCUCGCCAAGCUGACCCGCACCCUCGGCGAGCGCGUCCCCGCCGACCUCGUCCUCCCCCGCACACCCACCGGCACGUCCGGUCCCGGGCCGGCCCGCCGCGCACGUGCCUCGCGCCGCACAUCGUCGAUCUCCGUGUACGACAUCGCGCAGCGCCCGGCCUCGACCCGCCGCCCGUCGAACCUGCACGCCGCCUCGGAGCACCGCGCCGACGCGUCGUUCCUGCUUCUGCGCACCUCGGCCGACGAGCGCCGCGCGUCCGAGUCCCCCGUGCCACGUGUGCUGCCCGUCGCCCCGCGCGCCGUGGGUUCGGCGGCGCAGCGCACGCGCCGUGUGCAGAUGCAGCGCGUCAUUCGGCGGUUGCGGGGCUUGGGUUUCUGA